CCACUGAAUAACGUCAACCAUGAAGCCCAUCACUUAACUGGAAGCUCUCUGGGUUUUACCAAGGAGCAGUUUUUAAGAAGGGAGGUGCUGCUCCCAUUAAAAAAGUGGAGGAUUCAGGAUGAGUGGGAGUCCCAGGAAGAGGAGCAGCAGCAUCAGCAUCAGGACCAGCAGCAGCACCGGGGAUGGACAGUCUGAGUCUAAAGGGGGCUCUGGAGUGGCUCUGAAAAAGCAGAUAGGCCUGGUCAGCGCCUGUGGCAUCAUAGUGGGAAAUAUCAUUGGAUCGGGUAUUUUUGUGAGUCCAAAGGGGGUCCUGGAGAACGCGAGCUCAGUGGGAGUGGCCAUCAUUGUGUGGGCCAGUACAGGAGUUAUUACAGCGAUUGGUGCCCUCUGUUAUGCAGAGUUAGGUGUGACGAUUCCCAAGUCUGGAGGAGACUACUCCUACGUCAAAGACAUUUUCGGAGGACUGGCUGGGUUUCUGCGUCUGUGGAUUGCAGUGUUGGUUAUUUACCCCACUAACCAGGCUGUGGUGGCUCUCACCUUCUCAAACUACAUCCUGCAGCCCUUCUUUCCCUCCUGCCUCCCUCCGGACAGCUGUCUAAGCCUGUUAGCUGCUGUCUGCCUGCUGUUGUUGACAUGGAUUAACUGUUACAACGUGCGCUGGGCCACAUAUGUUCAAGAUGUCUUCACUGCCGGUAAACUUUUGGCUUUAGGCCUCAUCAUAGUCAUGGGAAUCGUCCAGAUAUGUAAAGGUCAAUAUUACUGGCUGGAACCAGCGCACGCCUUCACGACCUUCCAUGACUAUGACAUCGGUCUGCUGGCCCUGUCCUUUUUACAAGGCUCUUUUGCUUAUGGAGGCUGGAACUUCCUCAACUACGUCACAGAAGAGUUGGUCGACCCAUACAGAAAUCUGCCUCGUGCAAUCUUCAUCUCCAUCCCUGUGGUCACCUUUGUCUAUGUGUUCGCCAACGUGGCCUACGUCACAGCCAUGACUCCCCAGGAGCUGGUGGCCUCAAACGCUGUAGCAGUGACAUUUGGAGAGAAAUUGCUAGGAGUAAUGUCAUGGAUCAUGCCCAUCUCUGUGGCGCUCUCCACCUUCGGGGGGGUCAAUGGCUCCCUCUUCACGUCGUCGCGGCUGUUUUUUGCCGGUGCAAGGGAAGGACAUCUUCCACGCCUCUUCGCCAUGAUUCACGUCACUCGCUGCACUCCCAUACCGGCCCUGCUGUUCACACUGAUCACCACUCUGCUGAUGUUGUGUACCAGUGAUAUUUACACCCUCAUAAACUACGUGGGUUUCAUUAACUACCUCUUCUAUGGUGUCACUGUUGCUGGGCAGAUUGUGCUGCGUAUUAAAAAGCCCGACAUGUAUCGACCCAUUAAGGUGAGCCUGAUCUGGCCGGUGAUCUACCUCCUGUUCUGGGCCUUUCUCCUGGUCUUUUCCCUUUACUCAGAACCUGUGGUCUGUGGUAUUGGUCUGGCCAUUAUGCUGACUGGUGUCCCAAUAUAUUUCCUGGGAGUCUACUGGGAAAGCAAGCCACAAUGUUUUAAUAUUACUGUUGAUAAAUUUACUCAUCUGUGCCAAAAGUUAUGUUUGGUGGUCUAUCCAGAGGCAAAGGAGAGCUCAGAACCUGCUCGGAAUAACAAUGAAGAAGAGGAUGGUCUGUUUGAGCAUGUGCAUAAAUAAACUAUGUGGAAGAUUCCCUGGAAGAUGGUGAAAUGCAUAUUUAUCUAGUGUUAGUAUUACAACAAGUACAAUAAUCCUGAGCCCUGGACUUUAUAGCUCUAUAUGUGUUUUUUGGACGGGCCUGGCUGCACUUUAGUGUUUUUUCUGUCUACAAAUUAGGACAAUAUUUUGAUCUUUUGUCUGUACUAAUUCAUUGUUGGAAAACAGUAUAAACAUUCUAAUGCUCAAAAAUCAUUAUAUAUUGAUCACUUCAUUAUACUAACAUUGGAAAUAAUAAAUGGUUUUAAUGACAGAUGCAUUAACCUUCAUUUUUGUGUGUGUAUAUAUGUAGAAAAAUAAGAUGUUUUCAUGGCUCUGUGUAGACAUCAGAUGAUCACGUGCAUAGGCUGUGAAGGUGUUUAUAAAGAAUUUAUAACUCGGGAAAUAAAGUAAUCGAUCAUUUAAAACUUAAAGGGAUGUUUCCGUUUGUGCAGCUUUUUCCAAAUAAUUAAAAAUUCACCAUAUCCAGGGGUAUGUUGUACUGUAGAGGUUUGAGUUGGUACUGCCUGCGGAUCAUCUCAUCAAUGUUUCAUCCACCUGUUGGUGCACCUGAUGUACGUGGAGGUGGAGUCCACGCACAGAGAACGAUCGAAUUGCGGAAGUUUCACUCAGCCGUGACGAGCAGGAAAAUCAGGUCACGUUACACUAAACACAGAAGGAAAGUGUGCGAUUCCACCUUCACAAUAAAA